UCUUUACAAUCCUGACAGCACUCUGAUUUGCAUGUAUACCGACCAUGUAGUGGUCUCCUGUGUCAGUUUGGAGCUUCACAAUAGGAUCAGCAUGUGUCGAGGCACCACGUUUUAGUCUUAGUCUUUCGGGGUUAGUAGAAAUAUUGUAGUGUAUGUGUGUGUGCGGUGUUGUGUUGUGAUGCUUGUGUUUGUGUACAAAAUUGACGGCAUUCCUAAUCUAGUCUACGUACUUCAACGAAAAUGUUAAUACAGUUCCCCUGAAACAUAGUAAUAGUGUGGGAAAGUACACGAGAUUACUGAAACGCUACGAUUACAAGAAAACGGAAGAUAACCUGUAACCAUGGAAACGAAAAACGACGUACGCACAGAUGACAUCGAACUUAGCGCACAAGGUUCUAGCAACAAAACUGGCGAAGUCUCAACCAAAUCCGACUUACCCGAAAGAGGUUCGUGGGGCAGCAAACUUGACUUCAUCCUCUCCGUCAUCGGUCUAGCCAUCGGUUUGGGCAACGUCUGGCGGUUCCCUUACCUCUGCUACAAGAAUGGUGGAGGCGCCUUCCUCAUCCCCUAUUUCCUCACCCUGUUCCUUGCUGGUAUUCCUAUGUUCUUCAUGGAGUUGGCUAUGGGACAGAUGCUUACUAUCGGCGGAUUGGGCGUGUUUAAGAUUGCUCCGAUUUUCAAAGGUAUUGGUUACGCGGCAGCUGUGAUGUCGUGCUGGAUGAACGUGUACUACAUCGUCAUCCUCGCGUGGGCCAUCUUCUACUUCUUCAUGUCUAUGAGAUCAGACGUGCCAUGGCGUAACUGCGACAACUACUGGAACACGGCCACCUGCGUGAACCCCUACGACCGCAAGAACCUGACCUGCUGGUCCACCAUGGACAUGACCACCUUCUGCACCCUCAACGGCAAGAACAUCAGCAAGGCUGUGCUCUCUGACCCCGUCAAGGAGUUCUGGGAACGCCGUGCCCUCCAGAUCUCCAGCGGCAUCGAACACAUCGGCAACAUUCGCUGGGAGCUGGCGGGGACCCUGCUCCUCGUGUGGGUGCUCUGCUACUUCUGCAUCUGGAAGGGAGUCAGGUGGACCGGCAAGGUCGUCUACUUCACCGCUCUGUUCCCUUACUUCUUGCUGACUGUGCUGUUGAUUAGAGGAAUCACGCUACCCGGAGCCAUGCAAGGCAUCAAGUUCUACGUGAUGCCGAACAUGUCCAAGCUGAUGGAAUCCGAAGUGUGGAUCGAUGCUGUCACCCAGAUCUUCUUCUCCUACGGCCUGGGGCUGGGAACCCUGGUGGCUUUGGGCAGCUAUAACAAGUUUACUAAUAACGUGUACAAGGAUGCGCUAAUUGUGUGUACUGUGAACUCGAGUACAUCUAUGUUCGCUGGCUUCGUGAUCUUCUCUGUGGUUGGGUUCAUGGCUCAUGAGCAACAAAGACCAGUCGCUGAGGUGGCUGCAUCAGGUCCCGGCUUAGCCUUUUUAGCCUAUCCAUCAGCCGUACUCCAAUUACCUGGAGCUCCACUCUGGUCCUGCCUGUUCUUCUUCAUGCUACUCCUCAUAGGCCUGGACAGUCAGUUCUGUACCAUGGAAGGGUUCAUCACGGCUGUCAUUGAUGAGUGGCCCAAACUCCUCAGGAGGAGGAAGGAAAUCUUCAUCGCUAUCACUUGUGUUAUCUCGUACUUGGUUGGGCUUUCGUGUAUUUCUGAGGGUGGUAUGUACGUCUUCCAAAUCCUGGACUCGUACGCCGUCUCCGGCUUCUGUCUGCUGUUCCUGAUCUUCUUCGAGUGCGUCUCCAUCUCCUGGGCCUUCGGCGUGAACCGGUUCUACGACGGCAUCAAGGAAAUGAUCGGCUACUACCCUACUAUCUGGUGGAAGUUCUGUUGGGUCGGCUUCACUCCCGCUAUUUGUAUUAGCGUGUUCAUCUUCAACCUGGUACAAUGGAAGCCGAUUAAGUACAUGAACUACGAGUACCCCUGGUGGUCUCACGCCUUCGGCUGGUUCACUGCUCUCUCCUCCAUGCUGUGCAUUCCUGGGUACAUGGUCUACUUGUGGCGCGUCACUCCUGGGACUUGGCAAGAGAAAUUCCACAAAAUCGUCCGCAUACCAGAGGACGUGCCCUCUCUGAGGACCAAAAUGCAGGCUGAGGAGCAAGCCAAGCACAACAAGGCUUAAACCCACUCCCUCCCACUUAACAUCAGGAUCUCAGACUAAGGGAUUCGGAAAGUAGCACCUUAAUCCUGUAUGGUUAGAGUUGAUAUUCCAUUGAACUUAUAAUUCUUCAGAGUAGCUAUCGUAUUAUACAUAUUUGCGGAGGGUUUAGUUAUCAAAAAUAAUUAUAUUAUUUGAAAUAUUGAUACUAACCACACAGGAUCACGUACCGUGGGAAGAAAAAAAGAAAUUCUAAAACAACGCACAAUUUUAUAUAAUAUCCUAUUUUGUGCCAAAUAUAACUGUGCCAUAUAAUGAAUUAUAAAAUCAAAAAUAUUAUUAUACUAAAAUGAUAUUUACAUAUAACAAUUAUUAAUUCAAAAUCUAUAUUGUAACUUUGUAGUCGUAUUUAUUGUUUAUUUAAACGCAUUAUGUUUUAGAUUUUAGAAUAAUUUGAUGACUUUCCGUUUGCCGUGCGUCGACAUGUUCAUGUACGUUUAUAUGUACGAUAAUUAAUUAUUAAUUAUAAUUAUAUUUAGGUUUAAUUUAAUGUUAACUAUCUAUCGGUCUUCCAUGUAGCUGACGAUUAGAUUUUAAUAUAAUAAAUGUUUAUUUGUUAUUGCUGACUAAAAUCUGGUACCUAUUAAAAUUAAAUAUGUUAUUCAAUAAAGCAUACAUUUUUUCCGGCCUAAAUUGAUAAUGGUGAAGUUUCAGAUUUGUCACAAAAAAUACAACGAAAAGAAAGUUAUUCAACCAAACUGGAUUUUAGUCUUUAACUUUAAGAUUAAUUUAUUGUGUAUUAUUAAAGCUUUAUAUAAGUAGAAAAAUAUAAUUAUAUGUGUUAUCCUUUAAGGAUUUAAACGUUAGUUUGGUGUUAGAAUAGAUUUUUAAGAGUUCAAAAGCGCUUCGGGACGCGUCUAUUAUUGAAUCUAAAUGGUGUUUUAAGAACAUUUAAGAUUCAUAUUGUUGAUCAUUCUUAAAUGCAUUUAAUCUUAUGUAUGUUAAAGGCCUAUGUAUUAGUUAAGUAUCUAAAUAUUGUGUUGUAUAAAUGGAGUUUACGGUUGUUUUAAUGAUCAUAUCAUUAGGUUUACUAAAUAGACAUUGAGAUUAUGUGUUUGGUUAAUCAGCUUUAAAUAUAUAUUGUUUGAGUUCAAUUUCAAUUGAACUAUGUACUUUAUUAAAUCGUAUGAUAAGUUUAUCAUGUUUCAGAGUCAUUGAGACCUAAGAUGUUCAAAUCUCUGUGUUCCAAUUGAGACCAAAGAAUCUAAAAAUAAAUAGUCUAUGCUACACAAACAUUUAAAAAUAUAUUAUACUGUAGAUUUUAUAUAAAUAUUGACAAAUAUAUCUUUCUUAUAAUUUUUGUGUACAGAUGACAUAAUUAUUUUUAAAACUCUCACAAAUGAGUCAACAAGUCUUUUUAAUCGUUUAAAUCUCAUUGAGCAUAUUUUUAUGUCAUUUGUUAAUUAAUUAUGUACACAAAAAUAUUUAAUCACUUACUACAAAUACACUACUUAGCGUGUUCAAAAUAAUGUCUAUUUAUACUGUCAAUUUUAAAUAUUAUAUUUAGUAGAAACUUAUAAUCCAUUUAUAAAAUUUCUAUACAAUUUAUAAAAUUAAGAGAAUCAAAUAUUUAAUCCUAUAAUUUUAUUAUAACUGUUUACCUUUGUAGUGUUUGAAGAAAUUUUAUUAUAAAUUAAGUGAGUUAUAUAAACAUUAUAGAUCUGUAUUAUAAGAAUAAGAUACUCGUAGCCCGAUUUUGUAUAAAUGAGUGAGAUGAAACACAAUUAGUAGAUGUUAUAUUAAUUAUAUUUUGAGUAAGAUAUUGGACACUAAACAACAAUAAUAAUAAAAAACACUUAGCAUAGAAAAAGUACCAUCUCAAAAAUAUUACGGUAUUUAUAUGCCUCAUUUUUCAGAAAUAAAAAAAAACUUCUGAAUAAAAUAAUUACAGUGUCUAAUAUCUCUCAAAUUGUGCUUUGUCUAAGAUAACUGUGCUUCCAUGUAUUUUAAAUAUAGUGAAAUUAGUAGAAAAAUGUAUUAACGUAAUUUUUAAAAUUAAAUUGAUGUACUAUACUUUCUCCAACAAGUUUUGUGUAAUCUUCUACUACAGAAAAA